CCCCUGCUCAUUCCACGAAAUGGCCAUCGAAAGAAGAUACCACAAAGAAAAGGGCGACGGACGACCGAAGAAGAGCAAGUGAAAUUUUUUCUCCAGUCAAACCGAAUCGAGUUGCGAGGCGACAAGCCAGAAAGACGGAAGCUGUCCCGAGUUGAGAAGUAGAAAAGGUUUUUAUCCGGACAAAACCCCAGUGCAGAAUCGGUGCUAGUGAACGGAAAAGUGGUGCAAAUCGUAGAUGCGGACCCGCAGCAACCAAAGUGCAUAGAAAAUAGUGGAUUCCAAGGAAUCUAUUUCACGCACCUUCCAUUCGAAGAAUCCUCACCGCAUGAGCAAUGUCGUCAAAGCGUAAAUCACCGCCAAACAAACUAUCAAACGCUGGAUCCCCACCGGGAUCGGGAGGAGGUGUUCAAAUCGAGAAGAAUAAUUUCCGGAAAAUCUCCCUCAAAAAUGAAGACCUGAUCAAGUCGUCCCCGGUGAAGGAACUGAACUGCGCCUUCGACGCCAGUUUCCUCUCGAUGCAAAAGAUGCAAGCCCAGAUGGAACCGAAAUACGUCAAGAACGAACACAGCGAAUACAUUAUGAGCCAUCAUCAUGCUCAACAGCAGCAACAUCACCAUGCCCACCAUCAACAGCAUCAUCCUUUUGGGGGAUUUGGAGCGGGCAUUCCGGGUGGACUGCAUCCGGGACUUGCCAUGGACGGAGAUUUCCACCAUUUGCCAUUUUUGAACGUUGCGAGCUACAUUUUGAAGGGUUCGGACCCGCCGGUCAUUGGCAAGCAAGAUAACUACCACCUAGCGAUGAACUUGGACAAUUUGAACAUCUCGAACAGUCAACAGCAGCAGGAUCCGAUGGCACAGCAGGCUGCGCCCAGAAAGGUUAACAACUUGAUCCUGAACCAUUUGAAAUCGAUCGUGGAUAACUUUGAUAGCUUGAAUAAUAAUAAUGUCAAUGAUAAAAAUACAACUACUCCGCCACCAGUGGCCAUUCCGCAGCAACAGUCAACUCUCGGUGCCAGUAAGAACUUAGCCAUGGAUGAUUGUGGACCCGUACCUCAAACGGGCGGAAUCCCCGUGAUGAACAACCACAACUCCGAAAAACAGAACUACGAGGGUUUCCGUUCCCGGUUGGACGAACGCCUCAGCAAUCUGCACCUCAGCAAGCGGGAAAUCAAUCUGAUGCGGCUGAAUCUCAGCCUACUGGAUUUCCCGAACGAGAUUCCACCGAGUUUGUUGAACAGUCGCCAUAACAACUACGAUCAACGUGGAUCGCCGCAUGGCGUAGAUGAUCCGAACUGUAGUUCGUCACAGAAUAACAUGAAUAUAAAAUUGAUAAAAAGAAGCUUCAAGGAGUCCCUGUACGAAAAGGAGAAGAACAUCAACCGGCUGAUCAUGUACUUCACCAUCUGGCGCGAGAUGCUCCUGAAGGCGGAGUUUGCCGAGAACAAAAAGUACAAAUUUAACAACACUUCCAAAUCGAACCUGGACCCAUCCGGGAUUCCACCGCCAAGCUCAACCGUGGUCAGCACUCCGUCUCAGCAUGCAUCGCCGACGGCCACCGGUUCCGGAACCAACCUUAGGGCAACGCUUCAACCGAGCGUCACCCCGACAACUUCCGUUACUCCGCCGGACUGUGGCACUCCCCUCGGCGAGGACAUCAACGACCCUACGGAGAACUGCAUCCAACGCUAUCGGAACGUUUUCCAGGCCAUAUCUGCUACCAAAUCGGACGUUGGGAAUCGCGUUAUUCCGCGCAAGAACAGCCGGAAACGUCCAACGGGAUAUCCGGACGAUUUGCUGCUCGGGAAGUCUUCACCGGUUGAUCUACGGUCCGGACCGACGACUCCUUCGUAUGAAAUCGAUUUCGACAACGGCAAAAAGGACGACCAAAGAUACCUGAAGGAGGACGCCCCGAUCAACUUGAGCAAGCGGAAGAACGAUUUCCGGGAGAGUCCUUUACCGGAGCUGCACAACGGUAACAAACUACCGGCUAGUCUAUUCAAUCACUGCGAUCCGGAUGAUCUGAGUCAACGGAUGGACAGCGGAGGCGGACUCUCCUCCAUGCUGGACAAAGAAGCCGAAAAGUAUUUGCUCAAACCCAAGAGGGAACGCCUCGAUCCGGAACCGAGUCUCUUCGAUUACAAACCGGACGUGCUCAAGCCCAAGCUCAGUCUCUAUCAAUCUCCGAGUCCGCAUCACAGCCCGGAGUCGGAAAAGCAACAGAUGCUCAGCGAUGCCGGAUACGGAUUACCGCAGCCAUUCUUCAUAAAAAAUCCGGACGCCCACGGAAGUCCGAUUCAACCGCCGGGACUUCCGGUGCCAUUCAACAGUAGUGCCAUGCUGGACAACAUGAACCGACACCUGCUUCGACAGCAGCAGCAGAUGAAUGCCAGCGUUCCGACCGGAGGCGGCAGCAAGAAGGACAAGUCCGGUAACCAGAUGGCCAUGGAUUUGAACGCUGCCGAUUUGAACUCUUCACGGCGAUCCGGAUCGGAUAAGAAUCACAUCAAGCGCCCUAUGAAUGCGUUCAUGGUGUGGGCCAAAGACGAACGUCGGAAGAUUCUCAAGGCCUGUCCGGACAUGCACAACUCGAACAUUUCCAAGAUCCUGGGUGCUCGCUGGAAGGCGAUGACCAACCUGGAGAAACAACCGUACUACGAAGAGCAGGCCAAGCUAUCCAAGCAACACAUGGAAAAGCAUCCGGACUAUCGGUACCGGCCACGUCCUAAGCGAACCUGCAUCAUCGACGGCAAGAAGAUGCGCAUCUCCGAGUACAAAGUGCUGAUGAAGAGCCGACGGCAGGAGAUACGGCAGUUCUGGACGCGGGACUACGACGGGUCGAGCGAUCAGGGAUAUCCACCGGAGAAGCCCACCGGGAAGAUCAUCAAAAAUGAGGCCAUGUGAGACGAGGCUGGCUGGGAACCCUUGGGGCCCUUUGGGAUGUGAAUUAUUGAAUGUGGGAGGGGAGUUGUGAAGGAAGUUGGGGAAAAACGGAAUUCUAUUAUUGGGGAAAUAAAUAUUUGGAGGGAGAAA